AGUGAUAUACCUGCAGGCUGCAGUGACAGACAGUAUACAGGGGGAGGGAGCUGCAGACGGGCUGCAAGUUCUCUAAACUGUCUCCGGAUCGUACUCUCUACUCCUGGAGCUCUCUCAAAUGAAGUUCCUCUGAUGUGAAGACCUAGUAUGGCUGUAUUCAAACAGCAGAAGGUAGAAGAUCUGUACGUCAUAGCAGAUGAGCUGGGAAGUGGACAGUUUGCCAUUGUAAAAAGAUGCAGAGAGAAGAAGACUGGGGUAGAUUAUGCUGCAAAAUUCAUCAAGAAGAGACAGAGUCGUACCAGCCGUAGAGGGGUGACCCGGGAGGAGAUUGAGCGAGAGGUGAACAUCCUGCGGGAUAUCCAGCAUCCUAACAUCAUCACUUUGCAGGAUGUUUAUGAAAACAAGACUGAUGUUGUCCUCAUCCUGGAGUUGGUUUCAGGAGGAGAACUUUUUGAUUUCCUGGCACAGAAAGAGUCAUUAAGUGAAGAAGAGGCUACUAGGUUCAUUAAGCAGAUCCUAGAAGGCGUUAAUUACCUGCACACCCACAAGAUUGCACAUUUUGAUUUAAAGCCAGAAAACAUUAUGCUUCUGGAUAAAACAAUUGCCAUACCCCACAUAAAGCUGAUUGACUUUGGACUGGCUCACAAGAUUGAAGAUGGAGUAGAGUUUAAGAACAUUUUUGGCACGCCAGAAUUUGUAGCUCCUGAAAUAGUGAAUUAUGAACCACUUGGCCUGCCUGUAGAUAUGUGGAGCAUUGGAGUGAUUACCUACAUAUUGCUAAGUGGCGCGUCCCCCUUCUUGGGAGAGAACAAGCAGGAGACCCUCUCCAACAUUACAGCAGUCAACUAUGAGUUUGAUGAAGAAUUCUUCAGCCAUACCAGCGAUCUGGCCAAAGACUUCAUCAGAAAGCUGCUUGUGAAAGACACUAGAAAGCGUCUCACUAUCCAGGAAGCUCUUUCCCACCCAUGGAUCACGAUGCUCCAGUCCAAAGAGGAAAAUAAAAUUCAUGAUACCAGAAGAACAGCCAUGAGGAAACUAAAGGCUAAGAGGCUUAGAGAAUAUACCAUGAAGUCUCAUUCCAGCAUGCCCCCCAAUAACACCUAUGUUAAUUUUGAGCGGUUUGCCCAAGUAGUAGAGGAUAUAUCAAGUGCGGAACGAGUACUUGGCUCAUUGGCUGUGAACUAUGAUGCUCUACAGGAGGAUGUAGAGGCUCUGAUAUCCAUCUACAAUGAGAAGGAGACCUGGUAUAAAGAAGAGAAUGAGAAUGUCAGGCACAAUCUGUCUCAGCUCCGAUAUGAGUGCCGUAAAGUGGAAUCCAUGAAAAGGAAUCUUCACCAUGACAUUCAUUUGGUAGAAUCAAACAUUGGGAGUCUCACUGAGCGGUACACAGAGCUCGAGUCACGAUAUGACUUUCUGAGCAAAGAACUUUCAGAGGAUCUUAAGCGUGUCCAAGACUUAGCUGAAGGGUUCCAUGCUGGAAGUGCAGAUUACAAUUUUGGAAACUUUGGUGAUGUUUUCAACAGAGAUUUGAGUGAGUCAUUUAUGAGUCUUCUGAAUGGGUCAUGCAGUAAAGACCUGUUGGAAGGUCUGAACCUCCGAAUCACAGACCCCAGGUUAUAGUGGACAACAUAAGUGUGUACUGUAUGUAUGCAUGUAGACAUAUGCGAGACACACUGAUACAUAGAUAUUGUUAUAAUGAACAAUAAGAUAUGUUACGUAUAUCAUCAUAAAGAUAAUAUAUUUACAUAAACACACACACACAUAUUUAUAUAUGAAGAUUUAUUCUCACAACAGAUAUUGGGCAACUGACUAGAUAUUGCAUAACAUGUGACACACAAAAAAGCAUUCUCCAAUAAUAAGCAUCUAUGUGCAAUCAUACUCAGACCCCACACAUGGCAAAAAGGAAUGCGUUUAAAUUACUCUGCAUAUAAUCAACAUGUAACAUUGGUCCUGUCAUCUUAUUGGUAGAAUUGGCCACCUUGUGGCCACCAUGUACUGUUGACAUCUUGGUAAUUGCCUGUUAUUAUUGCAGCUGAUGCUAUCUAACUGUUGGAUUGGAUUUAUUUGUAUUUCCUAAUUUAAAAAAGCACUAUCAAAAAUAAAUGUCAUCUAUGGGAAAUACAUGUUCAGUGAAAGUUACAGAGAUUGUAAAGUAUAAAAAUAAAGUAGACACAGAGUGGAGAAAUAAUGCAAUCAAAUCAGACCUCUUUUAUAUUGUACCUUCCUUGGCAUCAACAAAAAUACUGUAAGUUGGUGUCAUCCUGGUGUGUACAAUGAUAUCUGCAUCAUGUUCUGCGCUAUUGCACAUAGCAACAUGUCUGUUUGGAAACACUUGUAAAUGGGAAAUAAACUAAUCACAAUUA